AUGCAGUUAAAGCAUUGCUUCCUUUACCUAGCCCAUUUCCCUGAAGACUAUCAAGAUAAAUCUGGAGCAAUUGUUCUUUUGUGGGCUGCAGAGGGAAUAAUAACUUUAGUUGUGAUGGAGAAACAAUUCAAAAAAAGUGGAGAAGACUACCUAGAAGAGCUAGUGAGAAGAAAUAUGGUUAUUGCUGGAAAAGACUAUUCGAGUAUUGGUAGUAGGUAUUAUUGUCAAAUGCAUGACAUGAUGAGAGAAAUAUGCUUAUCUAAAGCCAAAGAAGAGAACUUUCUUCAGGUCAUGGAGGUCCCUACUUCCACCUCUACUAUCAAUGCUCAAACUCUAGUAGAUCUCGAAGACUCGUUGUACAUAAUGUGGUUUAUCAAGGGGCCGUUCUGGAUUUCUUCAUCUAAAGGAUUAAUGUUGGCCAUACAUAUGCCAAGGUUUCCUGAUCAAUAUCGAUUCCCUCCCAACCUUGCACACAUACGUCUACAAGAUUGCAGGAUGGAGGAGGAUCCAAUGCCGAUUCUGGAAAAGUUGCUUCAUUUAAAGUCGGUUGUUAUUAUCUUGGUUUCGUCGGGAGGAGAAUGGUGUGCUCAAAAGGUGGAUUUCCCAGUUAUGUUCUCUAGAAAUCUCCAAGCAAAAAGAGUUGGAAGAGUGGAUCGUAGAAGAAGGGUCAAUGCCAUGUCUUCGUUCUUUGGUAAUAGAUGA